AUGACGCUUGCACCCCAGCCUGAUCCUAAGAAGGGUCUAGUUAAAGAUCUGAUCUACUACCUCACAGCUGAAGAGGAUCCUGCCAAGUACACCAAGAGCUUUGACCGCCUUGCUACCUGGGUGGACAAUUCUUUGGACCAAUACAAGCCGGAACUCAGGCGAAUCCUAUAUCCCGUCUUCAUCCACACAUUUCUGGAGCUAGUGGAAAGGGGAGCGCCCGGUGAGGCAGCGCAGCUCAUGAACCGGUACAAGAAGCAGUUUGGGGAUAAUGCUGCGCACCCAUCCAAGAUGCGCAAGCAGCUGGAUGAUCUGCAAGGCAUCUCUCAGAAGCCCCAGAUCGCCACGAACCGCACGGCCCAGGCGGCUCGUUCCAUGCGAUACCCUGUGAAGCUCAGCACAUACUCCUUCGAGCUGCUGACCCACUUCAUGCAGGCCCACAGACUUGCCCUGCCACUGGGCAUCAUGAAUGAACAUGUAAAUCUGCAGGUGGUCCAAGGGAAGCCAGCAAAACUGGAGCAUGAGCCAGAGGAGGAGGAGGUGUCAUUGCUGACUGGGCACAUGCAGGAGGACGUCUCCGCCACAAACCAGAAGCCUCUGCUGCUUGGCCUCCUCAGGGUCAUGGUGGAGGAGAAGUUUGAGGAGCUGCAAGCGGCCAAAGAGAGCCCGGACAUCCCAGAGGUCGACGAGGACGGCAAGCCGCUGACGAAGAAGGCGCGCACAGCCCUGCUGCGGGCCGCAGAGAAGGAGAAGGAGAAGCGCCUCAGCGCUGCCUCCGACAGGAUCGAACCCCAGGUGCCUUUGCCGCCGAUGCCUGAGGGAUUGGAGGCGGAGCUUCUGGAGGACCUGGAAAGCCGCAUCAGUCUGUCGGACGCUGCGCUGCCGUCAGCAGUCUUCUACACGUUUGUCAACACCCACCAGAGUCUCAACUGCGUCAGCUUCUCCUCCGAUGGCGCCAUGAUUGCUGGCGGCUUUGCGGACUCAUCAGUGCGGGUGUACGAUGCAUCAAAGCGUGCAGCAAAUGGAGCAAAACCGCAGGGGGAUGAGGCGAUAGUGCUGCGUGGCCACUCCAGGCCAGUCUAUGGUCUGGACUUCAGCAUGGACAGCCGGCUGCUGCUGUCUUCUUCCGGCGACGGCACUGUGCGGCUCUGGAGCACAGACCUCUUUGCAAAUCUGGUUGCCUACAGGGGGCACACGUUCCCGGUGUGGGACGUGGCAAUGUGUGGGCAGGGGCACUACUUUGCGAGCGUGUCGGCGGACCGCACGGCGCGCGUGUGGAGCACGGAGCGCGCGCAGCCGCUGCGAACGCUGGUGGGCCACCACUCGGACGUGUCGAUGGCUCGCUGGCACCCCAACUGCCACUACGUGGCCACUGGCUCCCACGACCGCACUGUGCGCCUCUGGGACGUCCGCGACGGCCGCUCCCAGCGCAUCCUCGUCGGCCACCGCGCUGCCAUCACGUCUCUGGAGUUUUCUUCUGACGGGAGCACGCUGUACUCUGGCGAUGAGGAUGGCUGCAUGUCUGCCUGGGAUCUGUCUCAGGCCAAGCGGCUGCACCAUGUGCCAGCGGCGCACUCCGGCCCAGUCUGGUCCCUCGCCACCAGCCACGGCAGCAGCGCUCUGCUCGCAUCAGGUGGUGCAGACAACACCUUGAGGCUGUGGAGCGUGAGUGGCAGCCCAGCUGGGCAGGAUGGCCAGCCCAGCAGUGCCAGUGGCUUGAAGCAGCUGCAGUCUUAUCCCACCAAGGCAACUCCUGUGUUUGCUGUGAAGUUUACUCGGCGCAACCUGCUGUUAGGCAGUGGUGCUCUCACUCUGAGGAAGAAGUAGCCUUGUAACAAACUUUUGGUUUC